CGCAACUCUCUCACCGCACACACCUCAAACGCACACGACACUGCUGGCCUGAUUUCCAGGCAUGCGAGGGGUGCUUGUUGAACAGUUUUGAGAAAUUGCUGGAUGAUUUCCGACUGUUCUCUACCCACCACCCGUUGAACUGGAUCAUGCUUUGUGUGAACCACCAUUGGGAUUGACUUGCGGAAUGCUUUGCCGGUGGUCGCAUACAUAAGCAUACGCGGACAACCCAAACUGCGACAUUUGUUGACGAUGAGCAUCACCACCACCUCCUUCGGUGGAACCGGCUCGAGCUUAGCUCGAGCUGUAGUGAUAGUCGCAGGUGUAUCCUCGCUGGUCGCUUCUCUGCUUUCACUCUUGUCCAUAUGGCUUCAAACCAAAAAUUAUCGAAAACCCUUACUCCAGCGUUAUGUUGUCCGUAUCUUGUUGAUGGUCCCCAUAUAUGCGGUGUCAUCAUGGGCCAGCAUCAUAUCUUUACAGGCAGCGAUGUGGCUGGAUCCCAUUCGUGAUGUCUAUGAGGCAUUUACCAUUUAUACCUUCUUCCAGUUAUUGAUCAACUUCCUCGGUGGUGAACGGGCGUUGAUCAUCAUGACACAUGGACGACCUCCUGUACAACAUGCCUGGCCUCUCAACCACAUAUUGCCCAAAGUCGACAUUUCUGACCCUCAAACCUUUCUGACCGUCAAACGAGGCAUCCUCCAGUAUACCUGGCUCAAACCCAUUUUAGCCAUCAUAUCUAUCGUAAUGAAAGCGACCGAUACCUAUCAGGAGGGCUACUUGGGCUUGAACUCUGGGUAUCUCUGGACCGGCAUUGUGUAUAACAUUAGCGUUACCGUCAGUCUUUAUUCUUUAGCUAUGUUUUGGGUCUGCUUGCACAACGAUCUGGCGCCGUUUCGACCGGUACCCAAGUUCUUGUGUGUCAAGCUGAUCAUCUUCGCAUCUUAUUGGCAAGGGUUCUUCUUGUCGAUUCUGCAAUGGCUGGGAGCUCUAUCCAAUGGUGUUGCCGGCUACACGCCCGACAAUCUCGCGGCUGCCAUUCAGGACAGCCUGAUUUGCUUUGAGAUGCCCUUCUUCGCUCUCACGCAUUGGUAUGCCUUCUCCUGGCAUGACUAUGCUGACUCGACAAUCUCCGCCGCCCGCAUGCCCGUCAAGUACGCGCUCCGUGAUUCCUUUGGUGUCCGCGAUCUUAUCGAGGAUACCAAGAUGACGAUACGGGGGGAUAACUACGAGUACCGGCUUUUCGAUUCGGGCGACCACAUCAUUGCGCAUGCCGAAUCUAACUCGCGUGUUCGACGUGUGAUGCAUGGUUUGAGAUAUGAACGGGGCGGGAAAGCCAAGUACUGGAUUCCGACACCUGGGGAGAUCAACAGUCGGACACCGUUGCUGGCUGGGUCAGAGGGGAGUAGUCGGGACCGGCGCAGUAGCACGCUGAGUCGCAUGCAUUCUCAUAAUGAGAUGGAGGAGACCAGCCUGGAUGAAGAUGAUGAGACACUGUUCACCAAUGCCCGCGCAUUGGAAUUUGGCGAUUGGAACUACCCCGUGAUCACCGCCAACGUGGUGCCAGCAGAGCAGCGCCUUGCACGUCAGCGCGACUCACCACAGCGACAGACAUCAGGUGUUGUAAAGAAAUCCCGCAAAUCCAAAAAGCCGCGCCCGUCCAGUGGCGAUGACAUACCUCGUAGCGCAGAAGCUUCUCGCAGUCCACGAACAAGCUACGCUGAGCAAAGAACCCAGUCCGCAGCCUCCUACGCUUCCCACCCAAGUCAAAUAGUGGACCUUGUGGUUGAGGAUCAGAAGGCUGAGGAAGAGGAACGACGACUCGUGCAGAGAGCAUUCGGCUCGACAACAGUCGAACCCGAACACAGGCAUUUCCAGAGGCCCUCGGGCGAGCCCGUCGAUGAACGGCAUGGUGAUGAUAUCGAUGCAUUGAUCCACGAACACACGAACGGUGGGGAAGAGGAAUCUAGCAGACAGGGCUGGGCCUACGGGGACCUGGAAGAGGACAAUGUUUGGGAUCGGUAGGCUGCGAAAAGGGAGCUUUACAACCAAUGAAGUUGCAUAUGUGGUGAAUGCACCUGAUUACUGUAGUUUCGAGAUUAUACCAUUUUAAGGGAAUCAUGUAUUGUAUAAGGGACUUGUACGAUGAUGAUGAUGAUGAUUGCAGAGGAGGCGGGCACUCGAGCCAUGUGCUUUUGAUUAACCCACCACCUUUUCUGUCAGGGGCAUUUGGC